UGUUUUAUUUCUUCUACUGGGUCUGUUGGACACAAAAAAAAGUGCCGAUAAAACCUGGGAGAGGAGGCAAAUCUCCCCAGAUGUAUCUGAAGAGGAUGCGUUCUUCACGGGCAAUUUGAGCCAGAGACGGACGGAGGCGUCCUCCCCUCUCCGUGAUGCCGGCGCCCCGCGCGUUCACGCCUUCGUAGGACCUGGAAUCUGUCCUCCCGUGUCUCUCCUCAGUCCUCCAUCUUCCCGACGGGGUCAGAGGGCGCAGAGAGGAGGCCCGGCGCCCUCCUUCUCCUCCCGUCACACGCCGGCAGCCGAUCGCUUCGCCUCCAUGGAGAACCGCAGCGGCAGCGGGACGGAUCGUAGCGGCCGCGGGCACCUCAGUCCCACCUGGGAGAUAGCCUAGCUCCGCCCCCCCGCCCCACUCGCUAUUCCUUGACCCCCCCCCCUCACACACACACACACGACACCCCCAUCCCGUUUCUCCCCUCUUCCGCACAAGGGAGUGUCGCCAUGGCGUCGGUGCGCUUCACGGUGACGCCCACCAAGGCGGAGGACCUCCCGGGGCUGUCCGACACGUCGCCCGACAUCAGCUCGCGCUCCGGCGCUCGCGUGCGCUUCGGCUCGCGGGAGAGCGUCAACCAGAGCGAGGGGGGAGGGGCCGAGACGCCGGACCACAGCAACGCAGAGCAAGGUGAUGGAAACUCAAAGAUCUCCAGCGUGUACAUCAACAACUCUCACGGGCUGGACGACGAUGACUUCUACGACAGGAACUUGGCCUUAUUUGAGGAGGAGAUGGACACGCGGCCGAAGGUGUCGUCGCUGCUCAACCGGCUGGCCAACUACACCAACCUGACGCAGGGCGCCAGAGAGCACGAGGAGGCCGAGGGCAUCGGGGAGAAGAAGAAAGCCAGCAAGUCGCCCCAGAUGGGGACGUUCAUGGGCGUGUACCUGCCGUGCCUCCAGAACAUCUUCGGCGUCAUCCUGUUCCUGCGGCUCACCUGGGUGGUGGGCAGCGCCGGCGUGCUGCAGAGCCUCUGCAUCGUCUUCAUCUGCUGCUGCUGCACGCUGCUGACGGCCAUCUCGAUGAGCGCCAUCGCCACCAACGGAGUCGUUCCAGCGGGAGGCGCCUACUUCAUGAUCAGCCGCUCUCUGGGUCCGGAGUUCGGGGGGGCGGUGGGCCUGUGCUUCUACUUGGGCACCACCUUCGCGGGAGCCAUGUACAUCCUGGGAGCCAUCGAGAUCCUUCUGAUGUACAUCGCACCCAAGGCGGCCAUCUUUGAGUCCAAGCACCCCGAGGGGAAGGCGGCCAUGUUGAACAACAUGCGCGUCUACGGCUCCAUCUUCCUCCUCCUGAUGUCGCUGCUGGUCUUCGUGGGCGUGAAGUACGUCAACAAGCUGGCCACCGUCUUCUUGGCCUGCGUCAUCGUCUCCAUCGUCUCCAUCUACGUGGGCGCGCUGGUCUCCGCCUUCAAACCGCCACAUUUCCCCGUGUGCAUGCUGGGAAACAGAACCAUCAGCGGGCACGAGAUCGAGGACCACCAGUGUACGAAGACCGUGCUGCUGCCCGCGAAGGAGGCGAUGGAGGACGCCGACAACUUCACUUCAAUUGAUGAAAACAGCACCAUGGUCGCGACCUUUGACCCCAGCCUGGAAUUCCCUCUGCUGGAGAAGACCACGUAUCUCUGGAAGCAGUUCUGCCAGGGCCCGGAGGUCAACGCCUCCUGUGACGAGUACUUCCUCGCCAACAACUUCUCCCAGAUCGAAGGCAUCCCCGGUCUGGCCAGCGGGAUCAUGUCAGAGAACCUGUGGAGCUCCUACCUCCGCAGAGGGGACGUGGUGGAGAAAGGCUCUCUGAGCUCCUCCCCCGACGCCCACCCGGCCUCCACCCAGCAGCCCUACGUGUUCGCUGACAUCGCCACCUCCUUCACGCUGCUGGUGGGCAUCUUCUUCCCCUCCGUCACAGGAAUCAUGGCCGGUUCCAACCGGUCGGGGGAUCUGAAAGACGCCCAGCGCUCCAUCCCCAUCGGCACCAUCCUCGCCAUCCUCACCACCUCCGUCGUCUACCUGACCAGCGUGCUCCUGUUCGGCGCCUGCAUCGACGGCGUGGUCCUCCGAGACAAGUUUGGAGACUCCGUCAAAGGGAACCUGGUGGUGGGGACCCUGGCCUGGCCGACGCCCUGGGUCAUCGUGAUCGGCUCUUUCUUCUCGACGUGCGGCGCCGGCCUCCAGUCGCUGACCGGCGCUCCCCGCCUCCUGCAGGCCAUCGCCAAGGACAACAUCGUGCCCUUCCUCCGGGUGUUUGGCCACGGGAAGGCGAACGGCGAGCCCACCUGGGCCCUGUUGCUGACGGCCCUGAUAGCCGAGCUGGGGAUCCUCAUCGCCUCCCUGGACCUGGUGGCUCCCAUCCUGACGAUGUUCUUCCUGAUGUGCUACCUGUUCGUGAACCUGGCCUGUGGCCUCCAGACGCUCCUGAGGUCGCCCAACUGGAGGCCGCGCUUUUCCUAUUACCACUGGACUUUAUCAUUUUUGGGGAUGACUAUCUGCCUGGCGUUGAUGUUCAUAUCCUCCUGGUACUACGCAAUCGUUGCCAUGGUGAUCGCCGGCAUGAUCUACAAGUACAUCGAGUACCACGGAGCGGAGAAAGAGUGGGGGGAUGGGAUCCGCGGCCUCUCGCUCAGCGCCGCCCGCUACGCCCUCCUGAGGCUGGAGGAGGGGCCGCCGCACACCAAGAACUGGAGGCCUCAGGUGUUGGUGCUGCUCAAACUGGACGAGGACGCCCACGUCAAGUCUCCUCGCCUGCUGACCUUCGCCAGCCAGCUGAAGGCGGGGAAGGGCCUGACCAUCGUCGGCACGGUCGUCUCCGGCAACUUCCUGCAGAGCUACGGAGAGGCGCUCGCCGCCGAGCAGACGCUGAAGCACCUGAUGGAUAAGGAGCGCGUGAAGGGCUUCUGCCAGUGCAUCGUGGCCCAGAAGCCGCGCGAGGGCAUCAGUCACAUGAUCCAGUCCAGCGGUCUGGGGGGCAUGAAGCCCAACACCGUGGUGAUGGGCUGGCCUCACGCCUGGAGGCAGAGCGAGGACCCGCAGGCCUGGAAGACCUUCAUCAACACGGUGCGGGUGACGACGGCGGCCCACUUGGCCCUGCUGGUGCCCAAAAACAUCUCCCUGUUCCCCAGCAACAGCGAGCCCUGCGCAGAGGGCUCCAUCGACGUCUGGUGGAUCGUCCACGACGGGGGGAUGCUGAUGCUGCUGCCCUUCCUGCUGCGGCAGCACAAGGUGUGGCGCAAGUGCGACAUGCGAAUCUUCACGGUGGCCCAGAUGGAGGAUAACUCCAUCCAGAUGAAGAAGGACCUGGCAACCUUCCUCUACCACCUACGCAUCGAGGCCGAGGUGGAGGUGGUCGAGAUGCACGACAGCGACAUCAGCGCCUACACCUACGAGCGGACGCUCAUGAUGGAGCAGCGGUCUCAGAUGCUGCGGCAGAUGCGUCUGUCGAAGUCGGACCGGGAGAAAGAGGGCCCCCCCCCCGGUAGCGGCCGGCCAGAGGCAGGUGGAGCUACGAGGUCUCAGGCCCAGCUGGUGAAGGACCGUAACUCCAUGCUGCGGCUGACGAGCAUCGGGUCGGACGACGAAGACGACACAGACGGCGGGGAGCGAGACCGGCCGACCAACACGGCCGCCACCACGGGCGGAGGAGGAGGAGGAGGAGGAGGAGGCAGCGCCGAGCACCAUCGGCGAGUCCAGAUGACCUGGACCAAGGAGAAGUCCUCUCAGUACCGAGCCAUGCACUCCGGCUGCUCCACCCCAGAGGGCUUCAGGGACAUGCUGAGCAUCCGGCCGGACCACUCCAACGUCCGGCGCAUGCACACCGCCGUCAAGCUCAACGAGGUCAUCGUCAAUAAAUCCCACGACGCCCGGCUGGUGCUGCUCAACAUGCCGGGACCGCCCCGCAACACGGACGGAGACGAGAACUACAUGGAGUUCCUCGAGGUCCUCACAGAGGGAUUGGAGCGCGUCCUGCUGGUGCGGGGGGGAGGAAGCGAGGUCAUCACCAUCUACUCCUGAUUGGACAACAGCAGAGGAACGCCGAUCGUGCAGAAGUGAGCUCCCGGGCCAAAAGGAGAGGCUGUCAUUGGCUGCGGCGUCAGCACCUCCCCUUUUCCUUUUUCUUUUUUUCAUCUUUACACGUCACGGCGAAGGUUUCCUUUCCACGAGCGACAGAAACGACAACAGAAAUCUACGAUAAAAUAAAAGUAAUUUAAAAUCAGAGCGAUCAGCUGUGCGUGUGCCUGUGCGUGUGUGUGUGUGCGUGUGUGUGUGUGUGAGAAUGUGACGAGGUCUAAAACGUGGAGAGUCGGGAUCGCUUUUUGUACAGAAUGUAUUUUGGAAGAGAGUCGGCUGAAUGUCUGGAGCGAGUGUUCUCCUCUAAAGAAGUUUUAUUACAAUAUUACAUAACAACUGGAUCAAAGGGGGAGGAGCCUCUAGUUUUAGUUUCUUUUGGUUCCUGGUCAUUCUGUAACAUCUCGUCAAAACUUGCUGCUUUUUAAAUUUAUUUUAAUUAGAAUCUGCUCUCCGGUACAGAGGCCCAUUUCCACGACGAAACGUAAAAAUGAUUAAUUAAAUGUGGGUCACGGUAGAAAUAAAAAUGGUAUGCUAUCUUAAUUUUGACUUUCAAAAUUUAAAAAAAUAAUCAUUCAAAUUUUUUUACUUUAUUUAAUCUAAAUUUAAAAUAAUCAAAGAACGUCUAAAAGAAAACUGACAAAAGCUAAAUUAUGAGGUUGUGUGUCAAAUUAUUAAAUCUAUUUUUUAACCUACUAUGUGAAUAUAAUGUCAAUCCAAUUUUAGAACAAUUCACGAUAAAAAUUCUAACUUAGAAACACCGAUAGACGAGAUAAAAAUGGCGUUUUAAUUCGUAUAAAACGAUUGAUAAAAACGGGCCUCUGUACGCCGACGACUCCGUCAAAUCUCAUACAAACAAAUGAAAUGUCGUCCAGUCACCAGCAGGGUCCUCGGGAUGAAGAGCAGGAAUCUGUUCCUUCUGUUAGGGGGCUGCUGCCGUUAUGGAUUCAUGAUGUCAACCAGGAGGCCCCCGGGACACUCAAAAUAGACCAAUGAUGAGGAAACUGUCCUGGGGGGGGGGGGGUCUUUGUGUCAUGCCAUAAACUGUUUGACCGCGUGUGACGAGUCACGUGAGCCGACGGCGACGUUGAGGGUUGGACUUUGUGGUCGUGAAAUCCUCAAAAGAGAUCAGACGCUGUCCAAAUGUCACGUGGAGGUGUGUGUGUGUGUGUGUGAGAGAGAGAGAGAGAGAAUGUGAGCGUGUUACUAAAGUGAGGAGCGGUAAACUAGAGGUGUUGCUUUUGCUUUUUUUGCUUUUUUAUACAGUGUUAUCGUGCAGGGAUUAUUUUAUGCUGAUAGUUUUUGUUUUUUCCUGAACUACUUUUCUUUUCUUUUUUCUUGUACAUAAAAACAAAACAAGAUCCCAAGUUUUAUCUUUUUUUUAUUUUAUUACAUUAAUAUAAAAACAAGGAAUCAUGGAAAAACUUUGCUUGAAAAAAUAUACGGGAAGAAAUAAAACAAUUUUGAAAGAAAAGUGACCAUCUGUGAUCUUUUGUUUUAUUAUUAUAUUUAUACGUAAAGUAUGUUUUGGUCAUAUUAAAUGUGUUUUACAUGAAGUUGUGUCUCUGCAGUGACAAAGUAUGUAUUGUUUGCUAAUAUUGUUACUAUAAUAAAUCAGAAUUGAUUUA